AUGGUGGUAGCAAUAUUUCUAAUGGGCCUUUUGCUCCAAUGUGGUUGGGCCCAUUCAACAAGCUACACAGUCGGAGAUUCAACGGGCUGGGUCUUCGGUGUAGCGGGCUGGGAAAAUGGCAAGAACUUUACUGCUGGUGACACACUAGUUUUCAAGUAUAUGGCAGCAAGACACAAUGUGGUGGUUGUGGACAAGUCAAGUUAUGAUUCUUGCACAGUGCCUCCAAAGGCAAAGAUAUAUAAUUCUGGGAGUGAUGUGUUAUGCCUAACAAAGGGGCCUAAUUACUUCAUUUGUGGGGUUCCUGGCCAUUGUCAAGCUGGGAUGAAAAUAGCACCAAUAGCAGCUUAA